ACAAUAAAUAAAUGUUAAACAAUUAUCAUAGAAACUUUUGAUAAAUAUAUGUUUAUAAUGUGAAAUAUGUAACAGUGAACUCAUUAGUGAAAUAAACGCAAAGUUGCAAUUGGCAAGCUAUCGAUAAAACAUAAACAAGUUGUCUAAAAAAGUGUGAAUUGUAAAAUUAUGGAUAACAAACAAGAAAACAAAAGUGCAAUAAACCAGGACGCAACAGAGAACUUAGAUGCAACAGUUGAAGAGCAAGCGGCAUCUGUGUCAGCCAAAUCAUUAAAUGCGGAAGAAGAAAAUAAUGGGACUCUUCCACCCAGUGGCGGCAACGGCAGCAGCGCCGGCGUCGCCAGUGGCAAAGUAACAAAAAAAAAGAAUAAAGCAAAAGGACGAAAUGCUGUGACUGGCAACGAUCUGGAUACUGAACUGAAGAAGCUCACCCAGCGACGAAUCAAUGUAGCUGGAGCACCGAAAAUGCCACUGAACUCAUACGUGAGAUUCAUGAACGAUCGAAGGGAGCAACUGCGUCGGGAGCAUCCAAAUCGCACCGCAUUGGAGCAUACCAAAAUGAUUGGAGAGGAGUGGCACCAGCUGACAGAUGAACGCAAGGCGCCGUAUCUAGAGGCGGCAGCCAAGGACAAGGCAUUAUACCAGGAACAGAUGCACAAGUUCCUGAAGGAGCAUCCGGAAAUAGUGGCAACCGAAUUGGCUAAGGCGAAAAAGGUGUUUGAUAACAAAAACGCCAGCACACCCAAGGAGAAGGCAACUAAUCACAGCAACAGCAACAGCAGCAGUAUUGACACAGCCGCCGCCGCCGCCGCCGCCGCCGCAGCUACUGCCGCUAAGAAAGCAAUUGUGAAGCCGAGUGGUGUGAACAAACAGCAGAGCACCCCGACACCCGAUCCGGAUGAUAUACCACUCGCCCAAGUGAAACGUACACCGACGCCGCCCGCGUUCAGCUCCUGCGCACCAGCACCGCGUCCCAGCUUAGCAGGUGAAAUACCCAUCUAUACCAACGAGUUCAUUGAGCACAAUCGAAGCACAGAGAAUGAGCUACGCACUUUGCGCAAGACGAAAACGGAUCUGGAACAACAGAACGCGGUGCUGGAGCAGCAUGUGGAUAACACAAAGGCCGGUCAUGCGAAAAUUAUGGGCGAAGUGUCUGAGCUGAAGGAGGAGAAUGCACGCUUAGUGGCAUACACGAAGAAUCUGCGACAGAAAAUCGUCUCCGCUUUGGGUGGCAUAACGCUGCCGCCAGUACAUCCCAGCGGACUCAACGUGGACAGUGUGGACAAGUACAUGCAUCACUUGGCCGAAAUGAUCAGCAGCAGCGCGACUGCCGGUGACCAACAGAACAAUGCCAUGCUGCUAAAGGUGGCGGAGCUACUGGGCAAAAUGGAUACCUCAUCCUUACAGAAACCGUGAAUAGUAAAACCACAUCAAAUGGG